AUGGAUGAAGAUGAGUUCAUAGAACAGUUGAUUCAGGAUGCCGAUGAAGAUGCUUUGUUGAUACAUGACUACGAGGCUGCAGCAACAGAUGCACUCCAGUCCGAUGAAGACUUAGCUGCAGCAUAUGUGUCAUACAGUGAAGCUCGCAAACGAUUGUCCGACCGUUUCAAGAACAGAGGCUUCUGGCCGAUCGGGGCCGGGAAAGGUAAGUCAAAGUUUUCUGGAUUCCCAAAGGGAAAAGGUCGAACUUUCAGUCGUGGACCCAGAAAAAGCCUUCAACAGCGCAUCAUGGAAAGCACCUGUAGAAACUGUGGACGUAAGGGACAUUGGCGAGCGGAAUGUCCUGACAGAGCCAAGAGUGCAGGAUCGACCGGAUCAACCAGCACAUCGGCAGCGAUGACUGCCGAAGCCGUUUCCUUCGAAGGGGAGCCCAAUGCUUUGCCUAUGGAGUUCGUCCAACUGAGUGAUUCGCCCGUUGCGAAACCUGUGAUGAUGCAGCCGUUCCGUGAAGCCAGUGACAGUGAAGUAGCCUUUUUUUCUGCCCAUGGCACCUAUGGCAUUUUAGACACGGGUGCCACGAAGUCUGUUGUAGGAAGCAGCCACUUGCCAGCUCUGAUCGAGAGUUUUCCGGCCAAUGUCAAGAAGCAGUUGCGCAGGACAACCUGUGAAAUCACGUUCAGGGGUUUGUAUCUACUUGAUAUCAAUGACUUGAUUCAAGCACAGCACGGACAGCACAGUGGCCAAGAUGGACCUGCAGCCGAGACCUUCCACAGCAGCGAUUUUCUCGAGUGCCAAAAUGCCAACAGCGAUGACAGAAAGCCAGUGAUGUCCAAUCCACAAGUAGCCGAGUGGUUCGAUCAACUCACGAUCGUUGCAAUGAGCCUCACCAGCCGAUUGGACCGUGUGCUGUCCCAGGGCAACCCAGAAAGUGUGGAGUCCUUUCGCACGCUGACAGCUGCCGAGAUGGGAGAGUCCAAGGUCACUUUCGGUCGAGCACAUGUCGGCCGGACAUACGAGGAGAUGUGGAGAUCGGAAAAGGGGUGGAUCCGGUGGUUUGCCAAGACAUAUGCCUCCAGUCAAAAGGAGGAACAUCAGAAGCUCCUGAUCUACAUCGAGACCAUGGUGAACCAGCACGAGACCCUCUACGACAUGACCCCGAUGACAGCUCGGGAGACCAAUCAAGAGGUGAUCCGUCCACGCCCCAAGGGACAGCCCAAGAGCAAGGCAGCAGCCAGCCCUGCACAGGUGAUGCCAAUGACCAGCGAGAUCUUCGAGGAGGGGGAGGCAUGGGAACCAUGGGAUGUCAUGUACAACGAUGUCCCCACAGCCGCAAUGAUCAGCCCACAGCAAGAGAUGAUCGAUGCUCUGCAGAGCCGAGUCCUCAAUGUGGAGAACGCGCUCACCGAGAGUCUGGCUCAAGUGUUAACCAAGGUGAAGAACAUGAAGGAAAUGCCAAUCAUGUGCUGGGAGUCUACAGCUUUUGCCAUGCAGGGGUUCAAGCGUUCAUCCAAUGUCCAGACAGGUGCCUCAGCCAAACGUGCAAAACUGCAGAACAGUAGCUUGAUCGAGCCGCAGGAAGUGCCAGCCAAAAGAAGGAGAAUCCAAGGGAAAUCCCAAGAGCUUGAAAGUAGCCAAGCCCUAUGUGACCGGAUUUGCAAAAAUGUGACGUCAAUAGCACCCAGGGUUGGCCGAAAACUGAUUCAUGACUCCAAAAUUCUUCAGGACAUCCAAGAGCUGUUUCCUGAAAAACUGGUGGUGACCGUUUUGGUUUGUAAGGGGACUGAGAGGACCGUCCAACCACCAAAAGACAUGAUUCCAAGUGAAGCGCCAUAUCGUCGGGCCAUCAUCAUGCAGAGGCAGACCAAGAAAAUCCUAGUUGAAGAUCAAUGGGAACAUUGGGAAUUCUUGUCAGCUCGACAGCAGUGGAGGCGGUCUCACCCAAGCUACAUGAAUAUAACAGUUUUUGCACGCAAUCACCCUGCAGCGGAAGAAGCAGUUUCCGUGCCAAGUUUGCCAGCAAGACCCGAAAUUCAGGAGCCAGCACCGGCAUCUGAAUCCCCUGAGACUCCGGAUGAGCCUCUUCAUGCCCCAAUGAUGCCAAUGCCAAGUCCAGAUGCAGCCGAGGCAAGACUCAUUCCAAUCAACAUGCCGGACUUGCCAGACCUUGAGAACAACCAGAGUCACAGUCCACCGCCAAUUGAUGACAGCAGUGAUGAGCUGUUAUGUGAUCUCCUAACAUGCGAAGAUGUAGAUGUGCUGACCGCAACAGCACCUGACGGAGAGAACACCGUGUGGCGUGCUGAAAUGGAUUUCAAUGCAAGCCUUGUGGAGACAGUGUACACCAUUUCGAGACCUUUCUGGCAGCACGUGCCGUUUUGCUGCAACCGUGACUUCAGCUGGCCAUUGAAAAAGGUGGCGACCGCAUUGCUGAGGUUUCAACAAGCCGGGCAGAUUUGUAGCGGCUCUCGUUAUCGCCUGCGCUAUACCAGCAGUUUGGAGGUUGGUGGACAUUCCAGGGGCAUGAAACGUGACCAUGGCUUUGGAGGUCUAGCACAGGGCGCCACAGCCUCUGGCUUUUCUGUCCAGGUUGCAGUGGACCAGAACCCAAAGAUGAUUGAGUUGUAUACCAAGGCUAGCGAGGCCCAACUGAUCAUCCUGGAGUGCGUUGCUCCAGCAGCGCAAGACAGUUUUGUGAAGGGAGAGAUUGACCAUUUCACAAAGAGCACUGGUCCAUGUGAGGUCAAUCAGGUCAGUUUGAAAGGACAGGCAAUUGGUUUGGAUCACUGCAUGGAAGUAGGUUUUGCCAUGGGGGAUGAUGAGAUCAGAUUUCAUAUUUUCCAGCUUGUUGAGAACCAGCCUGACCGGCACCUCCCUCAGAAUGAAAGAAAGUUCACGGCAAUGGAACCGUUGAUCUUCAACUGUUGGGAUUCAAUUGGCCAUAUCAUUGCUAGUCAAUGGUGCGCACGCAACCCCCAGAUCAAGGAAAAAGGCCAGAAUGUGGUGACUGCCAUUGCUGUUGACAACCACUGGAUGCCAAUUUGGAUGGUCCCUGAAGAUUCCACUUUGCAGAUCCACACGUUUCAUGUAGACGUUGAUUUUGCCCCCAUUGAAGCAAUCUUGACGAUUUUGGCGGAGAAAUUGAAUUUCCUCCAUUUUGCCAUACACAAGAUUCCCAAUGGAUUACCAGAACAUGUGAUGUGUGGAGCCCACGCGAUGGCUUUCAUUGCUCAUGUCGUGGUACAGAUGGCCCUCCCGGAAGAUUUGCAGGAACUUCGGACUUUGCAUACCAAUAUGCGUGCCUCCUUUGUUGCGAACCUGUACUCCCUUGGGUAUACACCCAAACCGGUUGUGUGGGCUAAUGGAGCUUCAGGGGAAUCCGGGCAACUCCCUAUAAUGCCCGUUGAUGAAACUACCACUGAACAAGAUGCUGUGGAGGAAACUCGCCAGAGACGCCUCCAAAUGUUGGUAAGCCACAGUUAUGCCAUGGGUAAUGAUGAAAUUGAUUUCCAGGUGCAACACUUGUUGGACUGUCAUUCACAGGGACCAUUGCCUGCGGGGCCCAUUCGACAUUUCAUCACUGUUUCACCUGACAUCCUUGAUGAGUGGUUACAAGGCGCUUCCGCUCGCCUUGAUGAAUGGAAGACACAAGUUUGGAACACAUCUCCAGGCCCACAACACGUGAUUGCCGUGGUCCUUCUCCACCAGCACUGGAUCCCGUUUUGGAUUGCUCCAGUAGGUACCACAGCUCAGUGUCACACUCUGGGUGACUUUGCCCAGGAUGAUCUCGAGGUGGAACAAAUUUUGCGUGCGCUUUCUUCCUUUUUGGAUUUCCAGGAUGUUGUGAUUCAUCGAGUGCCACAUGGGAUUGAAGUGCCCCGCCUGUGCGGUGCCAUGUCGAUCUGUUUUUUGGCCCACAUUCUGCUCAACACCAGUUGGCCCAGGGAUGUUGAUCAGUUGCGAGCACGAUGUUGGGACAUGAAGAUAAUUUUUGCUGAAGCAAUCCAAACGGGAACUCCCACCACCCCUACUCUGUGGGGAUGGGGAAUUUCAGGGGAAUCCAGGCUACUCCCUAGAAUGCCUGACGAAUUUGCCUCUUACGAUGUUUCACAGGUCAUGGAUUUGGAAGAUCACGGACUUCACAACAGGUUCGAAACUGACAUCGCUCAGGUUCACUUUUGGGGAAUGGGACAUCAUGAAAUGAAGUUCCACCUGGACACUCUCGUCAACCAGCCAUUGUCCCCGCCACUGACCAUGGUUUUGCAUGACAUGGGUAGACUCACUUCCAUGAUUGCUCAACAAUUCUGUUCAGUUCAUGCCUGCGGUGGUAUUGCUUUCUUGUUUGAAUGGCAUUGGUAUCCAAUUGUCCUGCUCCGAUUUGGUUGCCAGAAGAUUGUCAUCAUGGAACCCGGUUUGGUUGCGCAAUAUGUGUUGCAACAUACCGAAGACAUUUGCCUGCUUCCGAUGACCCCGCCUUCUGCGGAUUUAUGUGGUGUCUACACGUGGCAGGUUUUGGCAGCUCUUUGUGGUUUCACAACUGAGAAUCUCCUCAUGGCUGACCUUAGGAUUUGCCUCCAGACUUGGUACGCUGAUGCAGAUGAUCAUCCCAACAGUGCUACAGUGGAUCCAGAAAACACCAUUGUGGCGACCACCAGUGGUGAGAUUGUCAUCACGAAGCAGAAACAUGACCAAGUGCAUGGCGAAGUUCCACCCGAGCGCUGGGACACCAUCCUUACCUUUGCCAGAGAGAAACUGCCGCGACAACAGUUGCAUUGGCCAGCCAUCGGUCGUGAGUGCGCCGAGAACUGCUUUUUCAUCGGCUGCCGCUACUUCGACUUUCGCCGCGAGAGCCGCGAGUGCCGCUGGUGUAUUGAUGUCAGCGCCGACGGCUCGUAG